AUGCCGUGGAACAACUUCUCGGCACCCGGUAUCUCCGGCCGCCACCUCUCCUUCUGUGCUCUCGAGCUGACCGAAGAUCUGCCGCGCGCCCACGCCACACUGGAACCUCUCCCUGAGCGCAGCGCAGCGCCGGCCAAGAUCCGCGCCGCCGCCGUCGUCGCCGCCGCUGCUCCUGCGGCCCAAAAGUCGCCUCCUCCACCCGGGAUUUCGCAGCUCUUGCGACUAGGCCACCCGGAAGGAAACCUCCUCCGGUAG